UGACAUUCGACCCCCGUGUACUCCAGAAAAUACAAACAAUGGUUUUUAAGAAGCUUCGCAAGACAAUGGGCCGCAGAAAGGCCGGAAAGGAUGCCCCAGCCGCCGCAGAAGCUGUUCAGAAGAACGAUUCUAUCGACGAAGACUUUCCACAGGAUGAAACGCUUGCUGCUGCAGAAUCUCGUGAGGAAGCUCCGGUCCCUGUCAAAGAAGCCGAUAAUGAACCCGCUUCCGAAACCGCAGAGGCUUCCGAAGAGAGCGACGAGCAGGAGCGUGCUACACCGGACAACCUCGAACAGGAGGCUCAAGAGGAUACAUACAUAGGCUGCUGCGGUAUCAAUUGCAACUAAGGCCGUACCCUUCACCAGAGCCAAAGUCGUUCAUUUGUUUCAUGUCGGUUGGAUGUGCGAGUGAAGUGGCACAGGAAACCAAACGAAAUGCUCAAAAGUAUUUGUGUUGGUAUUAAUAACAAUAGCAUCGAUUUGAUGUUUCG